CUGCCAUUAUAUUUGUGGAGAAGUGAAUAGAAGGAAGUCUGUCUAAACUUAUAUAACCGGAUGUUUGAGGUUGAGUGAAAAGUACAGAUAGAGAGAGGAUAACCAUAGCAUGACAGCACGGAAUAAAAUUUAACACGGAAGGGCUGCAAGAAGAAUUUAGAAGAGCAGAAGAUUUACAGGAUUCACAGAAACAACACUUUUUCAACAUAAUGGAAAUCUCAGACAUAUCCUCAAUGAAACUACCUAAUCGACCAGAGUUGUUUGAUUUUGAGGGUGUUUCUAUGGUCCAUUACUUCACUGACAACUGGGAAAAGGUGAAAAACUUUCAAGCAAGACCUGAUGACAUUCUAAUCGCUACCUACCCCAAAGCAGGUACCACCUGGGUCUCAUAUAUUCUAAACCUUCUGUACUUUGGUAAGGAUGAUCCAGAGCACCAGACAUCCCAACCUAUCUAUAUGAGAGUGCCAUUCCUGGAGUCAUGUUUUAAAGUGAUACCAUCAGGGACAGAAAUGUCUGAUAAUCUGCCCACCUCUCCUCGGCUAAUAAAAACUCAUUUACCUGUUCAGCUUGUGCCCAAGUCCUUCUGGGAGCAGAACUCAAGGAUUGUUUAUGUAGCACGGAAUGCAAAAGACAAUGCUGUUUCCUAUUUUCAUUUUGAUCGAAUGAACAUGGCAGAACCUGAACCAGGAGACUGGAACACUUACUUACAGAAAUUUAUAGAAGGAAAGAAAGUGUUUGGUUCUUGGUUUGACCAUGUCAAUGGAUGGUGGGAGAAGAAACAGACAUAUUCUAAUCUACUGUACUUGUUCUAUGAGGAUUUGGCUGAAGACACAGGACGUGAGGUGGAACGUUUGUGUUCCUUCUUAGGUUUGUCCACCUCAGUUGAAGAGAGGGAGGAAAUAACAAAAAGAGUUCAGUUCGAUGCCAUGAAACUGAACAAGAUGACUAACUAUUCCACUCUCCCAGUCAUGGACUUCAAGAUCUCACCCUUCAUGCGGAAAGGUAAAGUUGGAGACUGGAAAAAUCAUUUCACCGUAGCACAAAAUGAACAGUUUGAUGAGGUCUACAACAAAAAAAUGAAGAACACCACUGUCAAGUUCCGCACUGAGAUAUAAUACUUGAGAAGACUCAUCACAAAUAUCAAACAAAGUGGUGCUUAUUUAGAUUAUUAAAGUUUUUCAUAGAUAAGAUAACUUAGACCCUCCAAUAAAUAUACUUCAUAUUCUUAUAUUCUCAUAUUCUUCAUAUCAUAUUCUACAGUUGGUGACAGCACUUUCAUUUGUUCUAUUAAAAAAGCUAACUUGACCAAAAAAACAUUUUAUGAAUUUCUAUUGUUGAUCAAUAAUAUUAUUCAUGUUUUCCAACAAUUGGCUACAGCACAAUGUCAACUGUACCAUGCAAACAGUGCAUUCUAUAAAUUCCAGUUUGCAUAGAAAGUAAACUUUAGCUUAAAGGAAUGAAAAUAAUUCAGUCAAAAUAUGGCACAGCACAAAACAAGUACAUAAGUAAAAGUUGUCUGGAAAAAGGUU